UAGUUGUGUUGGAAGUGUAGCAGCAGCUCUGCAUUGCCGGUGCUAGACCUGUCAAAUUGGCCCAUUUUGUUGUAAGGAGUGAUGACGCAGAAUCUUAAAUAUAGGAAUUACGUGUUCAGGAUGAAGUGAUUAUAAAUUGACAACAACAGUAUAUGAAAUUUGUGUUUAACAUUUGAGUUAAUUCUUAGCAGAAACAUUAGAGGUAAAUGAAUACUUGGCCAGCUUGCUUACCACUAAAUAAUUGGUAUCCUAUACCAUAAAGCAACUAACACUUGCUGUGUGAUUGCAAAAAGGAUUGUGGCAGGUUAUGUAACGACGCUAAUUAUUUGCACAAAUAAACCGUAGUGUUCAAAUUAUUUGAAAUUCUAAUAGGUGUUGCGUGUGCUGUCUAAUUACAUAACAUUACUCAUAAAUUAUGAGGUUUAGUUCUGUGAGAAGAGCUAGAACUUUCGAUCUUAACAGGAACAAACCGGUGAAAUAGUUCGCAACUUAAAGCUGACCUCUCCAUACAGAAAUAAUUCCUGAAUAUAAAGGAAAGUUGAACACGUAUUGCGAGUUAAUUUUGUGCUUACUGUAGGGAAUAAGGACAGUAGUGAAGGCAUGAUGAUCAUGAUAAAUUAAAAGUUAAUUAGUAUAAGUUGUUCCGCAAAUUACGUGAAAACUUAAUUUAAAGAAGAGUUGCGUUGUUUAGGCAUCUAAUAUAACGCCAUAACCGAACUACCUAACGAAGUUUGCGUGUGUGACUCAAGACAGAGAGGAAGAGACAUCAGCCGGAGACAUCUGCUGACACCAGCUUGCGUCACCGAGAGACGGAACCAUGAUGCGGCGGUCCAUACUGGUGCUGUGGUGGCGGGUUGUCUGCACCAUUCUCGUGUCUUCAGAGAGGAUGUGCAAGUUCCCAAACAACUGGUCGGGACAUUGGUUUCAGUCGGGAGUUCCCCAUCUUUUGAUGAUCAACACAAGUGUCAUUGAAACGAAAGGGAUUUGUGUGGAGAAUGAAGGAGACAAAUUCGUCAUCGAGGACAGAUCGUACGAUUGCUCUCGCUGCGUAGUGAUCCACGAGAAACACCGAAAUGUCCUGCAAUACAAGGAAACGUACUGCGUGCCGAAGGACAGCCUGGGCAAGUUGUGCGCGGAGAUCACUGGCGAUGCCACCCUCUAUUCCAUGUUCCGGUCCGACGCUGGGCCUACGGAAUGUCCGUUCACGGGCGGUCCGCCCUUUACCUUCACAUACAACAGAGGCUCCGGAGAGUGUAGUAGUCCUGUGUCCAAGGUGGACUCCUGCACGGACCAAUCGCGUCUGUUGCUCCGUUACCAAGCCUGUCCCGACGUACAUGGUACAGAGAGCACAGUGGAAGAACUGGUGUGCCUGGCCUCAUGGAAGGAUGGCUCGACACGCUAUCUGGUGGGAAAGCUGCAUCAUGCCAUGGCCCACAGUGAUGAGGACCGCUACCGCUGCUUCGUCUACGAGCGCAGCCAGGGACAAGGUCGGGAGAGACGCUCCACCUACGACGUGGCCCAGUCGGGGGACGCCACAUGCAACGGCUUACUGUCUGCCAAAGAGGGCUCCAGAACAAUGAGGCUCACAAAAAUCGACAGCAGUUCGUCGCGGUGCCAUUUCCCCACCUGGGUCACGGAACAUCAUGUGUGGCACACGUUGGACCAUCAGCGCAGUUACCACUUCUCUAAACACAACGCAACUCUCAGGAUAGCCAAAGAGGCAGCAGUCUCAACUCUGAGUGAAGCCACAGGGGGACAUGCUUCUUCGGAACAUAGCGUGAGCGGCAGAACUUCGUUGCGCUCUGGCUCUGUCGAGAUGAGACUGGUGUGCCACUCAACAGAGGGCAGCACCGAAAAGCAGGAGAUAGUUGUCGCGCAUGUCACAACUGGAUGUCAAAGUGGUUAUGUCUGCAUGGUGUUCUACAGGAGGGAUGGUCAUGUGAUUGAGCUUCAGCAGUCUAAUAAAUGGGUUCGUGUUCCUGAAGAAGCUUGUCAGCCACAGACUUUCAACCCAGUCAUACUACCUUAUAUAACUCUCAUCACUGCAAAACCACAUCUACGUCCAUGUCCAUAUCUCGGUCGAUACAUUGUGACGGGUCUCUCCACUAGGCCAAGUGGAGGUGCCUCUGUUGUGUCUGACACCGAGACAAGUAUAACCCAAUGUAGUGACCUACAGUUCCAAAGCUUGACUGUUGGAUGCACUGAAGUGAACACCAUGCAGUUUCAUUCUUCUUGCAGUGUUGCUGAAACGUCUACCUACUCCUGUCAUGGAAGCUGGGAAGAUAAUGGUACGAAUUAUUUAAUUGCGUCUCCUACAAGCCGAAAAUCUGUGGGAGCUCGUCGAUUUUGCUUUAUAUACAUGGCGACAGAUACCGCAACUGCCGCUGGUGGGGACGGGGGAGGGGGAGGAAGCCCGCUGCAGGUCGCAAGUGUUGCUGAGAGCUGUAAGCGAAAUAUUAAUCCAGCUUCAUCAGCAGAAUGGGCCUUCAACCUCACGUUAAAUGGACAGUGUGAUGAAAAGUCACUUGCAGCUGGAAAAGAUACAACAUUACUUCCCAUUGUUGUAUUUCUAGGAAUUUUCAUCAUUGUGCUCAACUCCAGAUGAUGCUAGAUUUACUACAUAACCAUUCAGUAUUCUAAUUUUUAGGGAAAUUUUAAAUUUUGUAACAAAAAUUGCUGAAAUACUGGACAACCAUAUUCCAAAAUGGAAGUGAUAAAAUAUUGAACUAAUCAUUUUUGGUGUAAGGAGUGGAAAACUAAUGGAGCUAGUGCCUACCUUGUGAAUUUGUGACUGAGAACGAAAUUCUUAGCUUUUGUCCAGUUUGUGUGCAAGGUUCCUGGAUAGGAAUGGCUAAGAACUGGGGCUCCAAUCAGUUUAAUUUUGCUGUGAAAAGUUGCAUAAUGCAACUAUAUAUAUAUCUUGAAACAAUCUGCUUGAUGUUAAUAAUAAAACAAAACUGAUAAAACGUUUAAAAACAAAAGGUCAGUGAUAUUUUUCAUCACGAUUGCAUGGUUAACAUUUGAAUAUAAUAUACUGUUAGAUUACAAGGCUAAUGCUUGUGGUUUGGUGGGAUUGGAAGGAGGAGAGGCGUUGGAAUAUUGUGAUAAUUUAAUCUUGAUAGUUUGAAGAAAGGAACUCUGACAGUGGCCUACAAUGUGCUGUCCUGGCAAUUUCCUAUAGGGACUAAGGGGAACCAUGAUACCCUUCUCAGGAAACCUAACUCAGGACUUGUGUAACAGCUCUAGAAAGUAAGGAGAUGUAAAUCUUAGUUGACUGAUAAAUAUAUGCCAUAUUUACUUACCAGCUUUUCCCUUACUUUCAAGGCAAAUUAAACUAGGUAUAUGUGGGGGUAGAUUGUAUUAGGUUAAUGAUCACAUUAUGUUAGAUGGUAGCAUUUUUAUUAAAGAAAAUGUUUUUCAUGUUAACUUACUUGUAAAUGAUAUAUUAUUUUUUUCACCUGGCCUAUUUUAACUGCAAUAUAAGGAACCUUGCAGUGGUCAAUUGCAGUUCAUGAUUUCUCAUUUUGAUUUACUUACUAUGGAAUAUAUUUAGAGAGAACCCUUCUUACAACAGCUGAUCUCAGAAGGUAUUUAAGCUUCUUUCUAUAAAAUUAGUUUUUAAUGCAUGCUAAAUGAGCAAUGAGGAGAGUGAUGAUUGUCAUUUCCUAUUGUGCAAUAGAAUAAUGUAUUGGUUUACCAUAUUCAUACAUCUUAAUCCAAAUUUGCUAAACACACAAAUGCCAAACACAGUGCUUGAACUCAGAGCAGAGAACAUUAGAAUGGACAUCUGUCACUAUAAGUUGGAAUACAUUUACAUGGAAAAGUGAUUUUAUACCGAGGUAUCAACAACAGGACAUAUACUUGCAGCACACAGCCUUAUAAACUGAAAGAUAAUAAUUGUACACAAAAGAAGGGUUUAUCAUCAUCCAGGAGAACAUGUUAGUAAAUACAAGAGUAGCAUGUUAUACCAGUAUUAAUGUUCAGAAAAAUAAGCUCAUAAGGAUUGAAAGUGUUGAUAACUUUUAGGCUCUACAACCUGUGACUCAGACCAGCCUAUAAGGAGUAAUUUUUUCACCCAUCACAAGUAGAAAUUAGUAUUCAUAAAAACAUAUAAUUCUGGUAUGCCUAUAAGCCACCAUAUAUUCAGUAUAUUGUUUAUCAGGAUGUAAAUUUAGAAAAUAAAUUUGAAAAAUCAAUUUUCGUUGCAGAGCAAAAUGAUUGGAGCCUUAGUCAUAAGAUAUGACAGAUAUAUUACUGCAAAGAUUAUAACAGUGUAGAAGUGACACAUGUAAUGGGUUCUGUGCAGAAUCCAAGUGAAUAUUUUUAUAUGGGAAUAAACAUAGCCUGUAGAUAAAACUAAUUGGCCAAGGAGAGUUAUUAGCUUCCAGUUCAGUAAAUAUAGAGCCUAUUAAAAAUAUUAAUUACACCUACUGUCAGAACACUGUCAGCUUAACUGAAGAUUAGUGAGCGGUGCUAAAGUCUUAAUACGCAUAAAUUCUGCAACAUUGUAUUUAGUGAAUACGAGUAUGGUACCCAAAUAAAAAGUCAUUUAUGUUAAA